AUGGUGGUCAACACCAUACAUUGGUUCAGGAAAGGCUUGAGGCUGCACGACAACGGGGCUUUGAGGGACUCCAUCCGGAGGUCUGACAGCCUGCGCUGCAUCUACAUCCUGGACCCCUGGUUCGCAGGCUCCUCCAACGUGGGCAUCAACAGAUGGAGGUUUCUUCUGCAGUGCUUGGAGGACUUGGAUGCCAGUCUCCGCAAACUCAACUCCCGUUUGUUUGUGAUCAGAGGUCAACCAACAGAUGUCUUCCCUCGCUUGUUCAAGGAAUGGAAGAUCAAUCGUUUAUCGUACGAAUAUGACUCAGAACCUUUUGGCAAAGAACGCGAUGCUGCCAUCCAGAAACUUGCCAGUGAAGCAGGAGUGGAGCUCAUGGUGCGGAUUUCUCACACACUCUACAAUUUGGACAAGAUCAUUGAGCUGAAUGGUGGUCAGCCCCCCCUCACGUACAAGCGCUUUCAGGCCCUCAUCAACCACAUGGAGCCAGUGGAGCUGCCCGUAGAGACCAUCACUGCUGAGUUGAUGAAAACAUGUGUCGCUCCCAUCAGUGAUGAUCACGACGACAAGUACGGGGUGCCAUCGCUGGAGGAACUCGGCUUUGAGACCGAGGGCCUCACAACAGCAGUCUGGCCAGGUGGAGAAACUGAAGCUCUCAUGAGGCUGGAGCGGCAUCUGGAGAGGAAGGCAUGGGUAGCCAACUUUGAGCGUCCUCGUAUGAAUGCAAACUCUUUACUGGCCAGUCCAACGGGUCUCAGCCCUUAUCUGCGCUUCGGUUGCCUCUCCUGUCGUCUCUUUUACUUCAAACUCACUGACCUUUAUAAGAAGGUUAAAAAGAACAGCGCUCCGCCACUCUCCUUAUACGGACAGUUAUUAUGGAGGGAGUUUUUCUACACAACUGCUACCAACAAUCCAUGCUUCGACAAGAUGGAUAGCAACCCUGUGUGUGUCCAAAUACCAUGGGACAGAAAUGCAGAGGCUUUGGCUAAGUGGGCCGAGGGCCGGACUGGUUUCCCUUGGAUUGACGCCAUUAUGACCCAGCUCAGGCAGGAGGGCUGGAUACACCACUUGGCUCGGCAUGCUGUGGCUUGCUUUUUGACCAGGGGAGACCUCUGGAUCAGCUGGGAAGAAGGAAUGAAGGUGUUUGAAGAGUUGCUCCUUGAUGCAGACUGGAGUGUGAAUGCUGGCAGCUGGAUGUGGCUCUCCUGCAGCUCAUUCUUCCAGCAGUUCUUUCACUGCUACUGCCCUGUAGGGUUUGGACGUCGCACGGACCCCAAUGGAGACUACAUAAGGCGGUACUUGCCCAUUUUGCGUGCUUACCCUGCUAAGUACAUUUAUGAUCCUUGGAACGCUCCAGAAGAAGUACAGAAGGCAGCCAAGUGUGUUAUCGGACUGCAUUAUCCAAAACCAAUGGUGAACCACGGCGAGGCGAGCCGCAUCAACAUAGAACGAAUGAAGCAGAUUUAUCAGCAGCUUUCGUGUUACAGAGGACUUGGCCUCCUGGCUUCUGUUCCUGCAAAUCUCAACAAUGGUACAAAUCGUCAACUUCAAGCAGGUUCUGGUGAAGAUGCCUCUGCACACGAGGGACCGUCCAGGACAGAAAGACUACACUCCACACAGAAGCGACGCCAUGAAGAUUCACUGAACGAAGGAAGCUCAAAGUGCUGGAGGCAAAGCAAAUAG